UUCAGUUUCCCAGAAAUGAUGUGCGUUGUUACGGCCAAAUUAUGGCCUUGGCCUUUCUGGGCUGGGUGCUGCCCAUGACUCCUGUGGGAGGGGAGACCCCAUCGUGACUCCCUGCCCUUCUCCUGUGUUCCUGAGGGUGACCAUUGCAGUUACUGAAAGCCUAGGGCAUGCCGGCCUUGUGUUCCUGUGUACUGGGACCUGAAGAGGAGGAGCUGUCAUUGGUCCAGUCCCCAGCUGGAGAAAUUGAGGCUGAGAGGGCCAGGGAUCGAACUGCAUCCGAGGUACAUGCCCUUGACUGAAAUUGAACCCACGACUCCUUGGUCCACGUCUGCCCACUUUUUAACACUUCAGUGCACAAACUUGAGAGAGUAAUGUGUUGUUGAGACCUUUGGAUGAUAUACGUGACUGAACCCAGAAACCCAGAGAAGGUCUCCACAGAUGCUCAUAACGCAAGGACUUCUGGGGAACGUAGUUCUGGCUUGCAGCGAGCGAGGCUCCUGGCGCUGAGCCAGAACAUUUCCAGAGGAAGUUGCUGGGCGGGAGAAGGAAGGGAGAUAGUUUUCCGCAAACGUCUCCGUUCCCGGCGCACCACAGCGACGAAUGGGGGCCUUCGCUCCGCGUCCCCACGCGAUUGGCCCGCGGCUUUCCGAGCACCGGCAAGUAGUGCUUUACGAGCCUCGCCCUCGCAAGGCCAUCUGGGAGUUGUAGUUCAGGCCCCUUCCUGAACUCGGCGGCCGGGCGGCGGCACCCAAGUCCGAGGCGGUCCACCGCCUUCGGCACUUGGCUUGGAGGAUGGAUCCCGGACCUGACGCGGCGCCGCUGGCUGGCCUGGCCUGGUCGUCGGCCUCGGCGCCCCCGCCGCGGGGAUUCAGUGCGAUCUCCUGCACUGUGGAGGGGACGCCCGCCAGCUUCGGUAAAAGCUUCGCACAGAAAUCUGGCUACUUCCUGUGCUUCAGUACCUUGGGCAGCCUGGAGAAUCCGCAGGAGAACGUGGUGGUCGAUAUCCAAGUCCUGGUGGACAAGAGCCCCCUCCCGCCGGGCUUCUCCCCGGUCUGCGACCCCCUGGACUCCAAGGCCUCCAUGUCCAAGAAGAAACGUCUCUGUGUGAAGUUGGUGCCCCUAGGAGCCGCAGAUACAGCUGUGUUUGACAUCCGGUUGAGCGGGAAGACCAAGACAGUGCCUGGAUACCUUCGAGUAGGGGACAUGGGUGGCUUUGCCAUCUGGUGCAAGAAGGCAAAGGCACCUCGGCCAGUGCCCAAGCCCAGAACUCUCAGCCGGGACAUGCAGGGCCUCUCCUUAGACUCACCCAGCCAGCCCAGCAAGGGCAGGUUCCCGGAGGGGACGAUGUCAAGACUCGGCUCGCGGGCCUCCACCCUGAGGAGGAGUGACUCUAUCUAUGAGGCUUCCAACCUCUAUGGCAUCUCUGCCAUGGAUGGGGUUCCCUUCACGCUGCACCCCCGAUUCGAGGGCAAGAGCUGUGGCCCUCUGGCCUCUGCCUUUGCCGAUCUGACCAUCAAGUCGCUGGCGGACAUUGAAGAGGAGUACAAUUACGGCUUCGUGGUGGAGAAAACAGCAGCUGCGCGCCUGCCGCCCAGCGUGUCGUAGCCCCUUGCCUGUUCCAGGGAGGAGGCCCCUGGCCCACACCCCAGGACUGGCAGCUGGCCCACCCUAGCCCAUGUUGGGGACCUUGGCAGAGCAGGGCAUUCUGGACCCUCAGCCACCUGGAGAGCUGCCACCUGAAGUGGGUGGACCUGGCUGCUGGGUGAUGGGGUCUCUUGCCCCAGGCCCUAUAGGGCAGGGGUGGGGGCUAGAUGUAAACCAGUGCCUUCAAGUCAUUUGUGUCAAAACUUUCUGGUGCCCGGAGGCCACACUGCUGUCCUCUUGGCAAUAAACACUAUGCUGUCUGUUGUCUGGAGCCCUGAUCCUGGCCUGGGAGUGGUUCAUGGUCUUCACCUUGUGCAAGCUGGAGCAGCCACGCACCCAGCAAAUGGGUGACAUCCUGGAGGGGAGGUGGCCCUGCUGCUACUCCCUUCCACAGAAUGGGAAACUGAGGCUCAGUGAGGCCUGAUCCAGGAUUCUAGAUCACAAAGAAGACCUGGUCAUGCUCUUCUAUUUUUGAGUAUAACAGUAAUAAUAGUAACAGCUAUCAUUAAUCAUGGGGACCAUGUCCCUAACACCUUAGACAAAGUAUCUCAUUUAAUCAUGUCAUAGCCAAGUAGGAAGACCAUGUUUUGCUACCAUUUUACAGAUAGGGAAGCUGAGGCAGGGGACAGCUAAAGUCACAGCUGGGAUUAGAACCCAGAGCCUGCUCUUGAUCAGAAAACUGUUCUGUGCACCCUUUUCCUCUGCUGCAGUUUAGAGACAAAUGGUUGACUCUCAUUAUUCACACUAGUUCCAUUUUAUAAAGUUGUGGCAAAAGUGGAAUUAGUGAAUACUGGAUUCUUCUGGAAAACAGGUGGAUUUCUACUAGUAGCUCUGGUCACAUUUUUGUCAAGUGAUUGAUACAUAACCUUAUCUUGUGUGUGUUUCAAGAAACCUUGUUUAUUAUAUACAUACUGCUGAUUUGUUAACAUUGAACUCACUGCCAACAACUGUGUAACUGACACCUGAACAAAGCUAAUGGAACACGCAUAUUCUCCAAAGGCACGUGGCAACCUUCUGGAGCUUAGGGACAUCAGAUAGCCCUUCAGCACCAUGCUUGGGGGCCUUUUUAAAUACGAAAUGCCAAGGAAAAGCACAAAAAAUGUGAAAGAUAGACUGCAAAAAAGUCUUGUUUACAGUCAGUGAGCUGGAACCAGAAGGCAGAGUGUCACCUUGUUCCACCUCAGCUGGGAACAUGUGCCUCCCAGGACUCGAAUGUUUCCCUGCUCUGUGUAUAUCUUCCAAUGACCACAAAAGCACCAGGAGUAUUUUAAUUUGGGGGUUACAAAUAAAUUUUAGCCUGUUAGAGAAUUUGCAAAUAUGGAAUCUACAAAUAAUAAGGGUUGAUUGUAUUUGUGAAAUUAACUGCCCCAGGCCCACUGUCUUUCUGUCACGUGUGUGCUUCUCUCUUUUCUGCUCUCCCCUAUAUCCCUGUAGCAUCAGGGUGGCUCAGGUUAUGCUGCUGUCAGGAAUGCCCCCAGAUCUCUUUGGCUCAGAAAAGCUAAGGCUCAUUUCUCAUCCAUGUCACAUGCCCAUGGCAGUGCAGCAGCAGACUCUGCUGGUCGUGCGGCAGCCACCAUCUUCUUGCCCUGACAGUGGAGAUGGGCUCAGGAAAGUGUUGCACUAUCAGUUAGAUGCCCUGGCUAGGAAGUACCUUGUUCAAGUUCUAUUCACAGCUCGUUGGCCAGAAUGGGUCCCAUGGGACCUGAAGGGACAGACCAACCAACUGGACCCUUGGGUCUAACAAUGUUGCCUCAGGAGUCUGAGGGGGGAACUGCCCUGCACAAAGGUGUGAGGGAAGAGGGUUCCUUAAUCUGUAGUCUGAGGAAAAUCAAAGUUCCACUUGAGGGGUCUGAUAGGGGAGGCAAGCUUCUGCUCUUCAGUCUAAGGGAGGGGGCAAAGCCCUCCUCUGGGUUCUGAGAGGGGAGGCAAAGCCCCACUCUGGGGUCUGCGGUGGGGAGGCAAAGCCUUGCUCUAGGGUCUGAGGGGAGAGGCAAGCCCCUGCUCUGGGGUCUGAGGAAGGAGGCAAAACCCUGCUCUGGGAGUCUAAUAGGAGAGACAGUUUUCCUGGAAGGGGUGGUAUCCAUGCAAAAUGUACCCCCUCCCCACCACACUCAGCUGCCUUGAGAAAACUAGGCCUCAGGUGGUAAGAUAUCUCCUCCAUCUCCCCCUCUGGGCUCUGCCAGCCCCUGCCAGGUCCCGCCCAGGCUGCUCUGGCGCCGGCCUAGGAAUUCAAUCUGGCUGGAAAGUAAAGGCUGUUUGUUUUCCCUGGUCACCUUCUUGGCCACCCAGAAACCAGCCCCGGAUCACUUUCCAGGGCAACCAUGUGUGAUCGGAUCCCUUGGAUGACCUGUGCUGGCCUCGGGUCUAACUGGACCAGCCGUCAUAUGGCCCUGCAAAAUCCCAGCCCUUUGAGUCCUGCUGGGCCUGGCCCCUUACAAGCAUCUUGGAGGGUCCAGGGCCACAUCAAUCCAAACAGCCCCAGGCUGAACUGAGAUCUUGGGCUACAGAGGGAGCGAAGCCUUACUUUUCCCUGCCUUUUGCUCGUUCCUGGGCACUGAGAGCUAGGCAUCACGGGAACCUGGGUACGGGAGGAACAAGGGAUGUUUCCGGAGAGACAUGGCCCCAGCUCCACUGCUCACUAGCUGGUGAACCUAAGCAGUGACUUAACCUCUGAAAUUCCAGAACAUUUCAUCACUCCAAAAGGAGACCCCAUGAGCAUUCUCUCCCCCGGCCCCUGGCAACCACUAACCUGCUUUCUGUCUCUCUGGAUUUGCCUGUUCUGGACAUUUCAUAUAGAUGGAAUCAUACAGUGUGACCUUUUGUGUCUGGCUUCUUUCACUCGGUGUGAUGUUUUCAGGUUCAUCCACGUAGCGUGUGUCAGUGCUUCACUCCUUUUUAUGGCUGAGAAAUAUUUCUCUGUGUGGAUGGACCACAUUUUGUUCUUCAGUUUAUGGACAGUUUUGGUGAUUGUGACUAGU